AUGGUGUCUCCUUUUCCGAUGGAGAUAUGGUUGGAUAUCUUCAAGGACCUGGACAAGGAAGGCGAGUACGAUACGCUGGAGCGAUGUAGAGUGGCCUGCAGAAAUUUCCAAGCAAUGGCGGAGAAGUACCUAGCAUAUCACAUGAUAUUCAAGAGCACAGAGGAAGUUGCACGCAUCAAGGUGGACGUUUCACGCGAUGAGAUGCGACACUGGAGAGGACCAGGACAAGUGAACAUCCAGGGAGGAAACGAGCGCCGAAUUCCACACCUGGCAACGUUCGCUUCGAGGCUCGCGAGAAGAUGGACGGGCGUCAAUAGGCUGCAUAUCACCAGAGCGGUGUGGCGGGUGCAGGAUAUUGAUGCGGACGCCGUCUUGCGCGAUCUCGCCGUCUUCUCGAUCACUCACCUCCACCUCGACAACGUCACAUUUCCGACGAUUUUGACGUUUGGCCGCCUCCUUUCCUCUCUCCCACGCCUCCAAUCACUUGAACUCCGCAGCGUGCUUUUCAGCCGGCAGCCCUUCGAUGCAUGCAGUAUCGCUCAACUCCGUGUUCUGCCACAAACGCAGCUGAAGGUAUUAAUAUUCGGCUUUUGGUACGACAGCUCAACAGUGAUCCAGAGUUCAUCCUUUGUCGAACUGCUCGACGUCAUUGCUUCCGUCAGUAACCGCAUAUGCCAAGUUCCCCCUCGCGAUAUUGCACAGGGAUUCCCAUGGACUACUGUUCAAGCACUGAGGAUCGAUGACGUCGUUUUUCCCUCAUGCACGACCUUUGCUCGUCUCCUGUGCGCCCUUCCCGCCCUAGAACGCCUCGAAUUCUCAGGGUCAUGUACGUUCAUGAAGCACCCCUUUGACCACCGCAGUGUCCCUCGACGCACUGCUCUACCCUCACGAUUAGACUCCGUCUCUCUGCCAACGGAAUUUGGCUUACAAUCCGGCCUCCAUUCCGACCCUCGCUCUGUCGCCGACCUUGUUGACUUCUUCAUCACUGCUGGCAUCAGUGAUCAACUUCGCGCUUUCAACGUUUGGCUGUCCCCGUAUUUUCAGCUAGCAAGAGAAUCCGACAUAGCCCUCAAUAGGCUCACCAAACAUUCAGGGAAAACACUGCAACAUCUGUCGCUCGGCACACCCUUACGCUGGAGUGUAUCGAAUGAGAAGGAUCUAUGUGUCCAUGAAGACCAGAACACGGCACUAUACUUCGAUGUCUCGGAGAACACGGGCCUUGAACACCUCGCGCUCACGGUUGAUGUCACUCGCGAAAACAUAUUGCGCUUGUGUACUCCUGUGACCAAUAUCGUAUCCAACGUGACGUCCACGCAUAUAUCGAGCAUUAUAGUGCAAUUUCACUAUAAUUCCGACUCGAUCGCAUCGCUCGAUAUAGAUUUGCGAAGGCUAAUGGAUGGGCUCCCGCAACUCGAUGCCGUCCUCUCCGGGCCAAUCUUCGACAACCUCACCCACGUCGUCAUAGCAGUGCACCACUUCAACAAACAGGAUAUCCGAAGUGAAGAACUGGUAGAUGAUAUAAGACUGUGCUUGCCGAAGCUUGACGAACGCGGCAUUCUGGGCAUAUCGUUGGAUGGCACCAAGUAUGUUAGGAUUGGACUGCACCGCGAUUACGUGAAGAAUGCCUGGAAACGUUGCGAAGUCAAGAGGAACGAAACUGUGAGAACUCAUGCAAGUGCUACUGGUAGCGACAAAGGCCGUAUGGAUGACAACGCCACCGGUGAUAAUACUGCGGAAGGGUGUCGUAAAACGCGCGGCGAACUAACAAACUCAGAUGGAGAAAAGGUCCCUCGUUUGGACAUCACCUCCAUGGUCGAGUACAAAUGA